CGCCCAGCAUGGACGGUACCAACAAUCCACGGCGGCUCCAGCUGAGGCGGAGAAGAAGAACGCCGUCACUAAUAAAAACAAGAUCAUUGCUAGUCCAGUAGUAUAGCGCUAUAUCGCGGUAGCUGAGCAGAAGCCAGUAGUGGUGGCAGUGCAUGGUGUGAGACUCCUGAGUUUACUUUUCCGCUUGUGUCCGCCACCACGAACUGUUCUUUUUUGAUCAACACAAAACUGAACCCUGUCUCUCUGCACAUCAAUCACCUUUCUCUUCACUACUGUCAUCCAUACAUAGGACACCCGUACCAAACCAACUGGUUGAUCCUAGUUGUCAUUGUCGCAGUCGCAUUAUUACUCGCAUCUGUUGUCGCACAAGUUUCUAGAAACAAUCAACAUGCGCUUCUUGAGCACCGUGGUCGCCGCACUCUGCGCAGCUGCUGUGUCAGCCCAGAGCAGCAACAAUGCCAUCCUGAUCCCUGAAGGCCAGUCGACAUUGGAUGUGACCGCCGGAGAGCCGUUGACUCUGCAAUGGUCGAACCCAUCCAGCGGCACCGUCACCAUCAAGCUGCAACAAGAUCCGAUCACCCCUGACUCGGGUAUCGUGCUGGCCAGCAACGUCCCGGCCUCUGACAAGACCGCAACCGUGCAAAUCCCUGCUGCCGAUGAAGUCAACUCGCACCUCUACACCAUCGAGAUCAUUGACGACACCGACUCGAGCAACAUUAACUUCUCCCCCAACUUUGGCAUCAAGGGCGCCACUGGCACUCAAACCGGCACUGCCUCGACUGCUUCCUCUACCGGCACUGCCCGCACCUCAUCGCACACCGGCUAUUCCAACUCGACCACGACCAGCGAUUCCUCGUCGUCGUCUGGCACUGCCUCUGGCAAAUCUUCAUCUGCAGCCACCAGCAGCGGUAGCAGCGACAGCAGCAGCAGUGGUGCCCACACCACCGGUGCAAGCAAGACCGCGACGCAGACAGGCACGGCCACUGGUAGCUCUGCCGGUGCGACCGAGACCACCUCUGUUCCCAACAGCAACAACAGCGGAGCUGGCAGCUUGAAAGUCCAGGGCGGUCUUCUCGCAAUGGCUGUUGGCCUGGUGGCGGUCAUUUAGAACGGCCAGUAAUAACAUUCUUGUGGUCAACCAAGGGUCAACAUUUUUCAGCAUCAAUAUGGUUAUGCCAGCUGCGCUGUCGGUCCAGGCCGGCUUCGUCCGAUGCAGUUUCGGUACAUUUCAAACUUCACCUUUGCUGAUGGUUCGCUCAGUUGGGGAGCCUUGUGUAUAUCAUCUUUUGCCUUGCUUCUCCUUCCCUUUCUUGUACACUAUUUCAAUCCGAACAAAAGAGAGCCGGGAGCACUGGUUUUGGAGGUUUGCAUGGACGGUUGGCAUAGUGUUCAACAUGUGGCUCUGCAUUGGAUUUCCAGCAUCAGCGUCACGUAGCAAGGCAGGGGCCGGUUCGGGCAGGGCAACUUGUUAUAGUUAGCUGCGAUGGUUAGCAUCAAUGUACUGUAUAUGCAAUGCAUUCAUUAUCCAAGUAA